CAUUGUCAGAAAGGAAGUUGCUGACGGAUUUGCCCAGCUGGCCAAACUGGCAUUCCUGUCGUUUGUUGAACCAGGCAUGGAUUUCCGCAGUGGGCUACAGCUAGACUUUCACUGUGGUGGUACUGGGUUCCUGUCCGCUGUGCCGACAAUUCUCGUGUCCGAUGAAGGCGCCAUUCGGGAUUGCUUUGCAUCAAAGGGUGCUAGCGGGUCACUGAUGUGCAUUUUGCGCAGAACCACGGUGUCAAAAGCGUCCACCCUGGCUCGGUCGUCCGACAGCGUGAUAGAACACACAGAACUAGACGUGCGCAAAUUUGUGCUACACUCUGACGCUACACUGCGAGACAACCAUAGGCAUCUGGCGGCCCAAUCUGUGGUGCUCAACAAGUCACAAUUCAGUAGCCUGCAACAAAGACUGGGCAUAAAUUAUUGCCCAAGAGGUCUUUUGGCGUUGGAUACUGUUCAGGCUUGUGGUUUUAGCGUCACAGAAGGUUUAUGCUAUGACUGGAUGCAUUGCUACAUGGUAUCAGGCCUGUUCCACUUGGAAGUGACAUUGCUUCUUGGGGCGCUAGCAGGGGCAGGUAUUCGCCAAGAAGAAGUCCACCAAUAUGUCAGCACCUUUGUGUGGCCUAGUUGGAUAGGAGGGCGUGCAGUCGAUGCCACCAAAGUUUUGGAGAAAAAGGUCGACCUGUCCAAGGACAAGUUCAAAAGCAGUGCGUCUGAGGGUUUGUCGCUGUACCCGGUACUGCUGGAAUUCUUGAGGUGUUUGGAUCCGAGACGAGUCACUGAGAAAGUGGCAGCAGCACGCAAAGUGUUUCAGCAUUUGUGUGCAGUGAUGGAUCUUCUACUGUUGGCUGCAAAUGCAGGGAGAGUUGCUCCAUGCAGCCUUCAGAAUGCAAUCACCCUGCAUUUCAUGGACUUUACUGAGGUGUACGGCAAGGACUUCUUGCCUCCAAAGGCUCAUUUUGCCAUGCAUCUACCAUGGUCGCUGGAAAAGCACGGUUUCUUGCCUUCUUGCUUUGUGCAAGAAAGGCGGCAUAAGGAACUCAAGCGGUACGCUAAUCAGACUGCGACUGGUGUCCCUGGGGUGGAGCGCUCGGUGUUGGAGGAAGUGACUCUGUCCCACACCAUGGAUUUGGAACAGUACAACGGGCAUGGCGAGUUGGACCUCGUAAAGGGUAAGGAAGCGUCAGGUGAGUUGCAUGCAGCCUUUUGCAAGGCCCAUCAAUUGUUGGUGGCACCAGGGUUGACCGUGGGAAGAUCUGUAACCUUUGGUCUUGGAAAGCGGUCUGUUGCUGUUGGAGACGUGGUGGAGAUCAUGGACGGUACUUCAUUAGGCAGGAUUUGCCAGGUCAAGUGCUUCGUGAAGUUUGAGGCCACCGUGUUCAGCCUGGUGUCUGUUUGGGAUGAUGUGGAUGUGAAAAGCUCUUCGUGUCGGCCCAUGGAGAACCAGGUAUGG